AUGGAGCCCGAGGCGCUGCGCCGCCGGCUGGCCGCGGCCGGGCAGGGCCACCUGUUGCGCUUCUGGGCCGAAUUGGACGACGCGGGGCAGCGGGCGCUGUGCGAGGAGCUGCAGAGCCUGGACUGCGAGGCGCUGGGCGCCUGCUUCCGCCGGGCCAUGGAGGGCGCGGGCGCGGCCGACAGCGACAAGGUGGACGGGCGGAUGGAGGCGCUGCCGCGGGCCGUGCUGGGCAGCGCCCUCCGAGACGCGGGCCGGCUCCCCGAGUGGGAGCGCGAAGGUCUCCAUCAGAUUUCUCAGAGCAAAGUAGCUGUCCUCCUCCUAGCUGGUGGACAGGGGACAAGACUGGGUGUUUCUUAUCCCAAGGGAAUGUAUGAUGUGGGGUUGCCAUCCCACAAAACGCUCUUCCAGAUCCAAGCAGAGCGCAUCCUGAAACUACAGCAGCUGGCUGAAAAACAGCAUGGCACCAAGUGUGUCAUUCCAUGGUACAUCAUGACAAGUGGCAGAACAAUGGAAUCAACCAAGGAGUUCUUCUUGAAGCACAAUUACUUUGGUUUAAAGCAGGAAAAUGUGAUCUUUUUCCAGCAAGGGAUGCUGCCUGCUAUGGGGUUUGAUGGCAAGAUUUUUCUGGAAGAGAAGGGCAAAGUUUCCAUGGCACCAGAUGGCAAUGGGGGGCUGUACCGAGCCCUUGGCGCCCAUGGCAUCGUGGAGGACAUGGAGCAGCGAGGCAUCUGGAGCAUCCAUAUGUACUGCGUUGACAACAUCUUAGUGAAGGUGGCUGACCCCAGGUUCAUUGGGUUCUGCAUACAGAAGGGAGCUGAGUGUGGUGCAAAGGUGGUGGAGAAGACAAACCCCAUGGAGCCAGUGGGCGUGGUGUGCAGAGUGGAUGGCAUGUACCAGGUGGUGGAGUACAGCGAGAUCUCCCUGGCCACAGCACAGAAACGUAGCUCCGAUGGCCGGCUGCUGUUCAACGCAGGCAACAUUGCCAAUCACUACCUCUCAGUGCCCUUUCUGAGAGAUGUUGUCAACAUUCAUGAACCUCAGCUGAAGCACCAUGUGGCUCAGAAGAAGAUUCCAUACGUGGACAUCACCAGUGGGCAGUUGGUCAAGCCAGACAAACCGAAUGGCAUCAAGAUGGAGAAGUUUGUCUUUGACAUCUUCCAGUUUGCCAAACAGUUUGUGGUGUACGAAGUGCUGCGUGAAGACGAGUUCUCUCCUCUGAAGAAUGCAGACAGUCAGAAUGGGAAAGACAACCCCACCACUGCCCGACAUGCCCUCAUGUCGCUGCACCAUUGCUGGGUCCUCAAUGCUGGAGGCCACUUUGUGGAUGAAAAUGGCACCCGCAUCCCUGCGAUUCCCCGCUUCACAAGUGGAAAGCCAGAUGCCAUCACAGCUGAUGUCAAUUGCAAUUUGAAGGAUGCUAACGACUUGCCCAUUCAGUGUGAAAUUUCUCCUCUCAUCUCCUAUGGUGGAGAAGGUCUGGAAAAGUAUGUGGAAAACAAAGAAUUUCAUGCGCCGUUGGUCAUUGAUGAAAAUGGGAUCUAUGAGCGGGUGAAGAACAGUGUAUAGACUCUUUUGCAGGAAGCCAACAGACCCAGCAUAGCUUGUGACUUUAACUGUCAGACUGUGAAUCCAAACAGAUGAAGAUUGUAGCUGUAUAUUGUAGGGGGUAGUCUUGCCCUCUGAAUUCAUUGGCUCGUGGCACAUGAUGGUCUCUAUAUUUUAAUUUAAAAAACAAACAUUUCAGUCAAUCCCCUGAAGCUAAGUACAGAUGUGGUGUUGCUCUCCACGCUUUGAGCAUAGGCAUUUAUUUUAAAUGUGUAUAAAAUAAUAAACAAUUGUACAUGCAGAAGGGUUUUUAUGGUACGAGAAGGGGUUCAUAUUAAAUUUUAUUUUUUCCUCAAAUAGACAUGACUAUCUUUAAAAACAAAAAUAUGCUCAAUGUCACUGUCCACAUUCUGCCUUUUUUGAGUCAUCAUUUUGUAAGCUAGUACAUCUGUUUUGGCUUCUCAUACACCACAUUACUAGGUGUUAUGUGCAUGGUAUUAAUAUAACGUACAUUAUGUGGGUUUUGGGAAGUCAUAUUAAUUGAUUGUAUUAUGCUCUUCCCACAGUUCUGUUCACCUAUGUCAAGUAUCUCAUAAACACUGCGAAGUUGAAGUAAGCUUUGGCAUUAGAAAAUAGGAAACCUAUCAAAGCAAAGCUGCAUAAAUACCUUGUACCAAGUGCAGUUAGGGAGUACUUUCCUGGCUCAUCAACACUUGGAAUGUAAUAUUCAGAACAAGCUAUGGGAAAGUAUGGGGAGGAACCAAGGACAAAGCUGGCACAAACUAGUGGGUUAAAUUUAAACUUUAACUGGAUGUACAUGGGUCAUUUAGCUUGUAACAAUCACACUACAAAUAGAAGUGGGUUUGAGGGCAUAUCUUUGAAGCACACCUGUGAAAGGUGAACACGCUGCAAGAUAAGAAUUGCUUCCCAGAAGGAGGGUAUGUAUGUUUCCUCUUCGUAUUGUGCUGUUUUGUCUUUAGGCAAUAAAUUUGACUAGGCUUGUUUAGUUGGUCCCUUGAACAUUCUUAGGCCUGGUUUACUCAGGAGGAUUAGGUUGGUUUAACUAUGUCAGUCGGGGGAGGGGGGUGGAAAAUCCACUCCCUUGUAUAGCGUUAAGUUGAUCCAUCGCCUUAGCUACUGCCUCUCUGGGUGGUGGAUUACCUAUGCUGAUGAGUGAACCCCGCCCACUGGCAUAGAUGGUGUCUGGACUGAAGCAUUACAUUGGUGCAGCUGUAGCAUUUUAAGUGCAGACAAGCCCUUAAUAAUGAACCAUAACUGUAGUCAAAUCAAUUGGUUAUACAAUUAAUCAAUCAAUAAUUUGGCAAACCAGGCCAGGGGACGUUAGCCAAGCAUUAGUCAAACCCGUUUGUCCUGAGGUCAUGAGCUAGCCAGUUGGAUUUGGAAUAUCAGUUUCCUAGAGGAUGGACUUUGGGAGUCCUUGCCAAGUAAGGGGAAAAAUUAUAUUAAGUGUUACUUUGGCAAAUAACUGGUUAACAAAGAUUAUUGAAAGCAAAAAAUGCUUUCUGCUCAUAAAGCCAUAUUUUAAGAAUAUUUAAAGAUUAAUUAUAAGUAAAAUGUUUUUUGCACAAAAUACCCAGAUAAAGCAAAGUGUAAAGUGGCCACUAUUUGCAACAAAACACUAUGUUGUGCUAAAACACUGUAUAGAAAUAUAAAAAUCUAAACUAUAGCAAAUGAAAGGGAGAAACAGGACAUUUUAAAGCAUUUUAUCAUACAGUACAUAACAGACCAUGGCAGUGAUUUGGUCACAUUAAAGGCAAUCCAAAAAGUGAUCCAUGGAGUCAUGUAUGUAAUCUGUUUAAAUUGGAGAUGGAGGGAAAAGGCAAAAAA